AGAAAGAGAGAAAGAGAAAGAGAGAGAGAGGGAGAGGGAGAGUGACGUUUCCUUGGCGUUCUUGAUCUCGUCAUCUUGACGAUUGGACGUUCCAAUUUUGUCCACCCUGGCCAAUUGGCAUGUGGAGAAUCCCAAUCGGACGGCCGACCAACCCCCGGAACCAACUGAGUGACUUGAUCCCUGAAUGAGUGAGUGAGUGAGUGAGUGAGUGAGGGAAGGAGGGACUCAGCCAGUCAGCCAGUCAGCCAGUCAGCCUUGAUGGAGGAGGAGGACCUUGUUCAUCGCAGGAUGCCAUCCGCCUCCAACCCUUUGCUGGCCAGUUCCAAUGUCUCACUGCAAGAUUCAUUCGGCGGAAUCAGGGCACCGGCUUUACUCACCCCGGUGGCCGCUCCGCCCGUCCCCAACGGCCCACCCGCCCGUCCCCCAGGGUCGUCCACCUCCGGCACUUUGUCCGACUCCUUCAAUUUAACCACCCUCCCGCCCUUGGCCACGCCCACUUUAAGUGCCUCGUCCAGUUCGACCUCGCUGGGGCCGCCGCCGCCGGGCGUGUUUCUUUUGCCCGGCCGCUCUGAAGCGCCUCCGGUGAGCGCCACCUCGGCCCCGAGACCCGCCCCACCCCCUUUAGCCCACCCGGCCCCGCCCCCUGGCACUGGCAAUGUCUACAGUUUGGCCGGUGGCGGCGGGGCCCGAGCCACCGGUCGCUAUGUGGCACCGCCCGAUAUUCCGGCCCAAGUCAGUGUGGUAGGUCCGCCCACUAUCCCGCCGGUCUCGGUCGCCACGCUUACCCCCCGCCCACCCUUGAGCUCGACCUACGCAGACCAUUCCGGGGGUUGGGCCGGAUUGGGCGGUUCACCCAGCGGGGCCGAUGUGCCCGACGCCUCUCCCUUUAUGACCGAAAGUUCCAGUCUGCCCGAUUUAUUUCCGCCCGCCGGUGGUCCGCCGCUGGCCUCGGCCCAGCACUAUCCCACCAGUCCGGCCGGGUCCACGGCUUAUCGGCCGUCCGUACCACCCGUGGCCUUUCAUUGGUUUUACCACGCACCGUCCGAGGGUGACACAGGCGACACGGGCGGCCAAUGGCAACCCUUCACCAUGAUCGAUUCGGUGGCACUCGAGGACGCCUAUAUGGCUGAUCCAAGUGGUAGUGGGCUUCAACCCACCCACGGGGGUCGGUAUGACGUGAGUCUGGCCCAGCGACAGAAGCGGGCCGUGUAUUGGACCGAGGCGGAACCGUCGGCUAUUCGGCGGUGCUCUUGGUUCCACAAAUCCAACGUGGACGGACGAUGGUCGCCCUACACGGAGUCAGUGGCCGCUCAGCUGGAGGCCGAGUAUGUGGCGGGCGUGCAAUCCGGUCAAUGGAAUAAGAAGUUGGAAUUGGAGAACGGCGAGCAUAUCAUCUUGCACUCGCCCUCGGUCAUGAUGCACUUUCCAUCCCAUCUUGGCAUCAAUGCCAAUCUAGAUGAUUGGGGCCAAGUUCAACCUCAGGAUCCCCAACAGAAACCUCGGGUGGUUCACCGAGGAUUGGAAGGCUUGCCCGAGAUCCCGGACGGAGAAACACCCGAAGUCGAUCACUUGGUAUUUGUAGUGCAUGGUAUCGGUUCCGUGUGUGAUAUUCGCUUCCGUUCCAUCGUGCAAGUGGUGGACGGAUUUCGAGAACUCUCCAGCCAUCUUUCGGAUCGUCAUUUUCAGUCGGGCCGGCUCGCCGAAACCGUGAAUCGCAUUGAGUACCUCCCAGUCAAUUGGCACAAGACACUCCACGGCGAAGACACGGGUACUGAUCGGCGCAUUCGUCCCCUCGCCCUCAAGAGCAUUCCGAAAUUGAGAGAGUUUGUCAGUGAUACGCUGCUGGAUAUUCUGUUUUACACCAGUCCGAUCUACUGUCAGACCAUCAUCAACACGGUCGUGUGCGAGAUCAAUCGCAUGUACACGCUGUUUAUGAAGCGAAACCCUCACUUCACUGGUACAGCCUCAGUCAUGGGCCACAGUCUAGGCUCCUUGAUCUUGUUCGACGUGCUGUCACAUCAAACAGAAACGGAUGGAACCACGGCCAACCCCGCAGAAGCGGAUUGUGAGGCUGCAUUUGAUGAUUCACGAAGCAGUCUGAACCAAUCGCCCGACGAAGUUGAGUUGGCUCUCGAGCGAGUUUUCGACAAACUGGGGCUUUCCGAAUUCACCGAGACUUUCACGCGGGAAGGGAUUGACAUGCAAUCGUUGCUUCUUUGCACCGAGGAUGACCUCAAAGAGAGUGGCUUGCCUCUGGGUCCACGGAAGAAACUCCAAAGCUACAUUGAGACGCAAAAGGCCAAACGAAAUCGAAGUUUGACCGGUCUAGAGGCUUUCAUGCAGAGUAGCGUCACCGAAGAAGUUAAAUAUAGCGUGGGACCGGCGGGUACAGGACAGCCCAGUGUCGAAUACCCGGCGCUGUGUUUCAAGCCCGCUGCAUUUUAUGCCCUAGGCUCUCCGAUCAGCAUGUUUCUGGCGGUGCGAGGAAUGGACACUUUGGGCAAGAACUUCAAAUUGCCCACGUGUUCACGAUUCUUCAACAUCUUUCAUCCGUACGAUCCGGUGGCCUACCGAAUUGAGAGCUUGAUUGACCCCGAGUAUGCCAAGAUGAGACCGCUUAUCAUCCCGCAUCAUAAAGGACGCAAGAGAAUGCACCUGGAGAUCAAGGACACCGUCACUAAGCUGAUGACCACGGACUUCAAGCAGAAGAUUUUCGAUUCGUUUUCCGCCACGCUCAACACCAUGUACAACAUCGCUGUCGGAUCAUCGGUGGAUUCCACGACGAAUGGGAAGUCAGAGACCUUAGCCCAGGCUUUAGAGGACUCCAUGAAGCAGAACGCGGAAGAAUCUGAACAAGCCGACCGCAUGAAUCCCAGGACUUUAGAGUCGCCCUUGAACUCGGGCAAACGCAUCGAUUUUGCUCUGCAAGAGGCUCCCUUGGAGAGCUUCAACGAGUAUCUCUUUGCUCUGGCCAGCCAUCUCGUAUAUUGGGAGUCCGAAGAUACAUGUCUCAUGAUUGUGAAAGACAUCUACGAGCAAAUGAGCAUCCUCUCCGACGAGGCCAAGGUGAUGAAUUCAGUGCCUUAUUUGGAUACGACCACUCAACCGCCAGCCCUUCAAACCUUGGAAACAUUGCAGCAGUCGAAAACACCCAUUUUAGCACCCCCUCCCGUGCCCAUGGGGGGCACCAUGUCCGGUCCUGCCGUGCGGGUCAACCCGACAUCCGUCGAACUUCCUCCUGUGACUAGCCCUACUACGAAUGUCAACAUUCUAGGGCCUACGCCCACGGCCGCUGUUUUGGGAGGUGGUUAUGGGACCAACGUUUCGACACCCUUGGGUCCUCCGCCCAUCAUGAUGCCACCAUCGAGCACCAUCCCUAACCCGCUUCCGACUAAACGCACGGGACCUUACCCCCAACCCAUCUUCCCCCCCAGCAAUUUGCCAGCCACAAGGGUCUCGACAUCUGCGGCAACAAACGUCUUGGGAAUGGAUCCGACCGCCCCGGUAGCCAAUCAGGGACCCAUUGCGCCACCUCCAAUGGCCGGGUUUUACAGCAAAAAGUGACUGCAGUUUUAAAACACCAUAACUCUAUCAUAUAUACCUAUAUCAUUUCUAUCGUUCUACAGUUUCGCCCUCAUCCCCCAUCCCCUGUUCAUGCCUUUCGUUCUUUAUGUUAGAAAUAUAUGUUGACCGUUGGACCGGUGCUCACCCAGA